AUGAUAAACUCAUAAGUAUUUGAUUCAAGGAGAGAAAUCGAAUAAUUUAAAUUUUAGUUAGGAAAAUUAGAAGGAAUAGUUAAUAUAUCCUAGCCAAAUUCAAAAUAAAAUAUCUUUUUAUUGAAGUAGUUAUAAAAUAAAGUGAAUACUUUAGAAUAGAAUUUAGAAUAGAAAGUUAAUGCAAUGUGUUCUAAUGUAAAAUAUUAUUUGAUUAAGAUUAUAAUUCCAGACAUAUAACCAUAAAAAUUACCAGAGCUAAAUGAAAUGUAAAGAAAGAGAGCGGUUUCAACAGAUGUUGCAAACUAUAGUAUAAAUUUAGAAAAAAACAUGUUUUUAUAAGGAAGCAAAGCUAGUAGAUAUUAAAAAAUGAAUAAUUAGAAAUAACAAUAAAUUUUGAAUGAAUAUAACGAUGAAUCAUUCAAAUAAAAAAUAGAUCUAAGUUUUGAAUAAUAAUAACAAUAAAAUUAAACAUCUUUUUAAAUAAUUCAUAAGCCAUUAAAAUAGAGAACUCAAGUAUUAUUAUUUGAUUGUCCUGCCCCUAAACCUAUGAAAAAAGUAGAAAAAAAAUAGUUUUAAUUUAUGAUUCAAAAAGGUAAAAGAAUAUAGGUAGUAGAACUUUGUGCAUUUAAAUAAAAGAAUUUAUAAGAUUGGAAUUUAAUAAAUGCAAUAAUAUAAAGAUUAGAAUCUGUAAAUAUAAAGUAUUAAUGUCCAACAUUUUUUGUGAAUGGCAGAUCAAUAAUUCAUUUAAUUCAUUCUAAAAGAACGAUAACAUUUUCUGAUGUGAUAAAAUGUUUAUUAAACAAAGAUGAAAUUAUUCCAUAUUUAUAUCCACGAUUGUUUAUUGGACAAGAUGGGUAUGAAUUAUCAAUAAUAACAGCUUAGAGAGAGCAGCUGAAAAAAUCUAGGCCACAUUUAAAGGAUAUAUCUAAAAUAAAAGAUUUUAAUAACUUAAGAAAUUAUAUAAAAGUGCUCUUUAUAUUUAAAGAUAUUUUCGUCGAAAGCAAUUAAAAGAAUAAACAAAAUAAAAAGUAUUUUAAAGAACGAAUUUGAUAUUUAAAGAAUUUCAAAAAAGAUAAGAAGUUUUUUAAGUAUAUAGAUAAUAAAUAACUAUGUUAGGAAAAUUGGAAUUAAUAUAAGUUGUAUCAAAGAAUAGAAAUUCAUCUAUCAUCAUUGUGUUAUUCUGAAUAUCAAAGAUUGACGAUGGAUAAAUUUAUUUAAAAAGAAAAUGCAUAAAUAAGUAGAAUUUUUAGAGCAAUUAAUCCAUAAGUUGAAAUAAUAUAUGUAUGUGCAUAUGAAUAAGAUAAAGACAUAUUAAUGUAUUAUGAAAGAGUAAUACUUUUAUAUAUAAUAGAUGUUUGAAUUACAUUAAGUUUCUUUUAAAAAAGUUAGGUUUUUGACACCUGAAAAUGGUGACAAAUUCAAUUCACAUAUGAGUUUACUUUAGAAAUUGAUCUAUUCACCAAAAUGUUUGAAAUAAAUAAAGAAAAUAAUAGAAAAUAAAUUAGCAAUAAUAAUUCCAGGAUAUCCUUCAAAUGAAUUUAUUUAAUUAAGCCAUAUCUUGAAUAUACCACUUUAUAGUGGAUUGCCUUAAAAUCAUUUAUUGUAUUCUAGUUAAUCUGGAGCAUAAGUUUUGUUUAAUAAAUGCAAAAUACCUACAUCACCAGGAGCAUCUGAAAUAUAUGAUGAAAUUGAAUUAUUGAAUACUUUAACAGUUUUGAUUGUAAAGAAUAGAAAUAUAAGAAUAUGGAUUUUAAAAAUAGAUCAUUCAUUUGGAGGAAGAGGCAUAGCUACAAUUAAUAUAAGUACAAUUUCUGGAUUGAAUUAAUUAUUAAAUUGUAAUGAAUAAGAAUUAGAUGAAAAUACAAUUAGUGCAAUUAAGUAUAAUUAAAUAUCAAAAUUAAUAUAGAUAGAUUAUCAAAACCUAGUUACCUAUUAAAUUGAAAAUUGCUGUAAAAUCUUUAUAUCAAUCUUAUUAAGAAUAUAUUACUGCUUUUCUAAUAUCAGGUGGAAUAGUAGAAGCAUUUCCAAAUUAAGAAAGAUUAAAAAUAUAAAAAACUUCAUUUAGUUUUCAUGUUAGUCCAUAAUAUGAAUUUGAAGAAAUCUGUUCAUAUGAUAGUUAUUCAGCUCAUCAUUAUGUAGAAACUAUACAUUGUAAAUUAUUAAUAUUAUUUAAAUUCAGUAUAUCCUUCUAGUAAUUAAGCUAUUGGUAACAAUAAAUUGUAUGAAGAGAUAAUUGUAUUCUUGAAAUAAAAAAAAAUGUUUGGUUAUUUUACUCUAAAUUUAAUAUCAUUUGAAAAUUAGUUUUGGGCCAUAGGUUUGGAUUGUUUUUUAAAUGUUUCAACUAGUAUAAACAAUUAUUAUUAGUGUCUUAAUAAAAAGUAAUCUAAAUUUUAUUUAUAUUCUCCUUAUGUUAUUCAUCCAGGAUUAUUAAAGAUAUCAAUAAAAUAGCUUUUUUAAACUUGCAGAAUGGAUUAAGUAUAAUAUGAAACAGAAUAUUAAAGAGGUUAAAUCUUUUUGUUCACUGAUAUUCUAUAAUCAUGCAUUUUAUAAAUGAUUUCAGUUCAUGAAAAUAUUUAAAAAUGUAUUUAGCAAUUUGAAGAAUAGUUAAAAGUUAUUUUUAAAAUUGGAGGAUAAUUGAAUGUUAAUUAUGGAGAAUCUAUAUAUGAAUCUAGAAAUGAUUCAAUAAAUAUUUUAGAUGUUUAAGGAGGUUUAAAAAUAUUAAAAAGAAAAUUCUAAAAUUUAUAGUGA